GUAUCUGUCUAUGCCAUACCACAGCAUCUAAACCAAGUUGGGUAUGCCUUAAACACAACAGUGAAACUUCUGGAAUUUUAUCAAAAGUACUUUUUAAUAAACUACCCUCUUGAAAAAUUAGAUCUGGUUGCAAUUCCUGAUUUUCAGUCUGGUGCAAUGGAAAACUGGGGUUUGAUCACAUUCCGAGAAACAACACUCCUGUUUGACAGUAAUACUUCGUCAGCAAGGGAUAAGAAGUUAAUCACUGCAGUGAUAGCACAUGAGCUUGCCCAUCAGUGGUUUGGCAAUCUAGUAACUAUGGAAUGGUGGAACGAUCUCUGGCUGAAUGAGGGAUUUGCCACUUUCAUGGAGUACUUUGCCAUGGAGGAGAUUUUUCCAGAAUUACAUUCAGAUGAAGAUUUCCUUAAUUUAAUUUUCAAGGCUAUGAUGAAGGAUUCCUUGAAUUCUUCACAUCCAGUCUCUUCCGCUGUUCAGUCUUCAGAGCAAAUUGAAGAAAUGUUUGAUACACUUUCUUAUAUCAAGGGGGCUUCCCUUCUUUUGAUGCUGAAGCACUAUCUCACUAAGGAUGUUUUCCAAGCUGGCAUUGAGGUAUACUUGCAUAAUCACAACUAUGGAUCUGCCCAGAGUGAUGACUUGUGGGACAGCAUGAAUGAGAUUACCAAUGGAACCCUAGACGUAAAAAAGUUGAUGAAAACUUGGAUUCUCCAUAAAGGAUUUCCUUUAGUUACUGUUGUGCGAAAGGGAAAGAUUAUUUCUGUACAACAGGAGAAAUUUUUGUAUUGUGUGGAACCAGAAAAUUGGACGUCAGAUGCAAG